AUGGCACCGAACAAAGCGGAAGCAGAAACAGAAGAAGCUUGGGGGAGACACCGCGAGGAGCUCAAGUCCUUGUGGUUAGAACAGCGGAUGACUGUGCAACAGGUGCAGGACUACAUGUCCAAGAUGCACAAUUUUUGGAAGGAGGAGCACCAAUACUCUCGACAGUUUAAGAAAUGGGGAUUCAAGAAAAAUCUGACAGAAAAAGAGUGGAUAUUUGUUGCGAGCCGUGGCGAGAAGCGGAAACGCGAUGGGAAAGAUUUCGGCCCUGUCAGGAUGCAUGGCCACCUUAUUCCUGAAGCUAAGGUCAGGAAAGAGAUUUCUCGUCAUGUAACUCUGUCCUCUCAGUACUUCGGAGACCUUGACCCGAAGACCCCGGAUGGGAUCCUCGUGGGUACGCCUAGAGCAGAGAUCGAGGCUAUCUCCGAUGGUGCCACAGAUUGGCCUCACAAUGAAAGCUUCGAUUUUGCAACCCUUGUGGAUAUACCUCUGGCUCCAUCGAGCUAUGAAUGUCUUACGUGGAAGCCUGAUCUAGAAGAAGUGAUUCCAUCAGGUUUUGGGCUUUUCUCUUCCUCGAAUGAGUUGCCGGCCGUUUUCUCAUCCCCCGGAAAUUUUGCCUUGGAGCACUAUAUCUUAUCUCCCAGACUAUCUCCAUCUGCCGUUCCCAAUGAUCAUGAAAAAUCUCUCGAUUCCGACCCAAUGACCGAGGAGGGCCUUCAGAUUAUCUUGACACAAUUUAGUGGGGACAGUAACAACGGCCGCAGUGAUUUGGCCACAGCCUUGAAAUCCGUUACGACAGGAACAGAAGAUGUCUUUCAAUCCGCCUCUUCAAAGGAUUAUUCCAACUAUCUCCAGAUAUACGUGUACCUGGCAUCUAAUAACCUCCUCUCUGAAUUUUCAACACAAAAGCUUGUUUUACUUAUCGCCAAGACCCAUUCUCACUCAAUGUUGAAGGCGCUUCUGGAGUCAGUCACUACGUCGAUUGAAAUAUUUAUGAGCACUCUUCUGGUCAGUGCAGCAGCCGUGGGAGAUGCCAAAAUUUGUCGAAUUCUCAUCGAGGCCGGGGUAGACUUGGAUGCCCACAGUGGAUUGGCCAUGCGGACAACAGCACUUCACCGAGCAAUUUCAUCUUGCCAAGCUGAAUGUGCAAAAAUGAUACUAGAGGCUGGUGCAGACCCAAAUUUAGUAGCUGACGGCAAGACACCCUUGCAUAAUGCCUGCUCGUACCUGCGAUCUCACUCAGCAUUCGAUAUCGCGGAUCUAUUACUCCAACACGGAGCCCGUGUCAACCCACCCCAGGAUUGCGCCCGACUUACUCCGUUGCAGCUUGCCGUGCGAACAGGGAAUCCUGAGCUUGUGCGGCUCCUUCUCGACAAGGGAGCAGAUCCAAACCUCUUCACAACUUCCAAAAUUGGCACAGCUCUGCAGAUAGCGUGUACAAUGUCAAAGAGCGCUGUAAUUGUUGAGCUUUUGAUAAAUGCAGGGGCUGAUGUUGACUCUUACUCUGGCUACCGAUUUCAUGCCCGAGAGGAGAAAGACUAUGCGGAUAGUGAUACAGAGUCUUACUCAAGUGACGAGGUUGAGGAUGAUGGGGAUGUAUUUGGGGUUGAGAAUUCAACCAAGUCUCCUAUUCUGUUAGCAGCGGAAAAUGAGAAUUGGGAAGCGGUACAACUUCUAUUGGAGGAAGGGGCUGCCAUUAAUGCCGGUCUCAAAAAAAGAUCUUCUAGAGUCCCCCAAGAAGAAUUGUUAAACUUCGAAACACCAGUUCUCACUCCACUGCAGGCCGCUGUUCGGGCAGAAAAUAUCACUAUGACCCGCAUGCUUCUAGCCAAUGGGGCUCACGUUAACCAGAAGAUGGAGGGAAAACACGGCUUUACAGCGCUUCAAAUUGGCGCCACCGUUGGCAAUGAACGGCUCGUUGACAUCCUUUUGCGAAAGGGGGCAUCUAUAAAUGCUCCUGCUGGUGUCUAUUAUGGAAGAACAGCACUUCAGGCUGCUGCAAGCCACCUGGACACAAGACUGAUGAGUCUCUUACUUCGAGAAGGAGCGGAAGUCAAUGCUCUUCCGGCUCGGUCUGGAGGUAGGACUGCUCUACAGAUAGCAGCCGCGGCCGGUAACAUCGAAGGCGUUAGAAUACUGCUCGAUGCAAAGGCAACUGUCAAUAUCGACCCUAGUCUCACUGGGGGGUCACAACCCUUGAAGCGGGCUUCAUGGCUACAGAUCAGGGCACACGAAGUCGGCCAAGAGCAAUAUGCACCUCUUCACUCUGCAGUCAGACGCGAAGAUUUGAGCAUGGUAACAACACUUUUGGAGAGAGGAGCAAGCCCAAACAUUGGUUUCUGCGGUUCCAAGACAACUCCUCUGCAGAGAGCUGCGUACCGAGGAAAUAACGAUAUCGUCCAAGAGCUGAUAAAGCACGGUGCAGAGGUCAAUGCUCCACCUCACUGUAACGGUGGACGCACAGCAUUGCAGGCUGCAGCUUUGAUGGGGCAUGAAUCUACAGUCAAGAUCCUUUUGAAAUAUGGCGCAGACAUCAAGUCAAAAAUUGCAAGUGUCGAUGGAAUUUCUGCGAUAGAAGCUUCUGUUCGUGGAUGUAAUGAUCUGAUUACUCGACUUCUUCUCGAAAAAGAACCUGACGCCAUAUCUUCUGAUUCUAUCACGAAAUGUCGAAUCAUAGGUCAAGCUUUGGAAUCUUGGAAAUGCGAUGUCUCUCUGCUGGAACUUCUCCUCAAGGAGGGAGCAGAUGCUGGAAAAACUCCAAACCCUCACUCGAUGUCAUUUCUUGAAAGAGCAAUACGAGGACACAGUUUCCAAAUUGUUGAAUGCCUAGUCUCUGCUGGCGCCAAUGUGAACCAUCACUGGAAAUACGAGUUUGAGAGUCCCAUCACUCCCCUGCAAUCUGCUGUGCGGAGGAAGCAUGAUGACAUUGUCAGGUUGUUGCUUCAAAGAGGGGCCGAUGUCAAUGUCCCAGCGAACGAGAAUGGUGGACAGACUGCGCUACAGAUAGCAGUUUCCCAGAACAACCACGCCAUGGUAAAGCUCUUGAUUAGCCACAAGGCAGAUAUCAACGGUAUGCCAAGUCCAGUCAGAGGCCGAUCAGCCCUUCAAGAGGCUGCAAGCCGAGGUUUCGUGGAGCUUACUCAGUACCUACUGGCUUGCGGGGCAGAUCCUAACCUACCAGCAGCACGACUUGGGGGCUUUACUGCGCUUCAAGGAGCUGCGAUCGGAGGAAAAAUACGCAUUGUGAUUAUGCUAAUUCAAGCUGGAGCGCAUGUCAAUGCAGCGCCCGCUAUUAAACAAGGACGCACUGCGACUGACGGCGCUGCGGAGAAUGGCAGACUUCAUACCUUGCAUCUCUUGUUGAACCACCAUCCUGACACAGAAGAGUUUGAUAUCAUCAGAAAACGAGCGGCAAGACUGGCUCUAGCCAAUGGCCACUUAGCUAUUGGGAGGUUUUUGAUGGCAUAUCGCAAGCAUACCUGGAGGGCAUAA